UCACCGCCGCAGCUGCGUAAUCAGGCAGGUCCAGGGCUGAGGCGCACCGAGCCGCACAGCUUUGCUUAUUGAUAAGACUCCUUGGAAGAAGAGGACAGUAAACUACCGUCCUGACCUGCGACGUUAUUUCAGACGCUCAGCCCGUGAGCUGGACUUUUGGGACGCAUCACGGUUAAAGAGACACUUAAACUGGGAAAAGUGAAGUCAAUUGGAUUUUUAAUUUGUGGCAUUUUACAGGAAUCGGGCCAUCCAUGGAAUAAUUUAAACUUGACUAAGUUUCUCACUCUCCUGGAUAGUUUCGCCUCGUGAAGUUCGGACCUUUGUUGCUUAGAAAUGUUGUCAAGUACUUUGUUAAUCCAGUUUAUUGCUAUCAAUUUGCGCUUUUAGCCCGAAAGCGCACAUUUACGCGCUAAUUGAACUGAAGACAGAAGACAGAAGACCGAACAUCACGCAGAAGAAAAAGUUGGAGGUUUCACAUUUAUUCAGCACGAAGAAGCGUGUGUUUUCUUUUUGACAAACACGACCGCUUUCGUCUUGUUGUCCCUCGGAUAUCUCUGCUGCAAGAGACUGUGUGGACAGACCGUCGACGCGCGCGCAGUUCCUCAGGACGAGCCGCUGUCCCCCACCCGCGCGCAGUGCUGAGGAGAGAGGGACUCUCGCGCUUCCAUAAAUGCCCGGUCCGUCGAAGAGGCUCGAGGCUGGGCAGCAAGAUGAGCUCGUGGGUACAGCUGCUGCUCGUGUUGCUGGCGGCGUGUCUGCGGUUUGGCGUAGCCGAGGGGGACCCUCUGCCUGCAGCUCUGGUGGAGCUGGUUAGAAACAGCCCCAUCUCCUCCAUAGAGGACCUUCAGCUGCUGCUGCUCUCUGACUCCGUAGAUGAGGAGGACGGGACUUCUGCAGCCAAUGGAGGUCACAGACUACCAAGGAGCCUGGACGCCCAGCCGGCCCAGCAGGCUCUUUGUAAAGUACGUACAGAGGUGGUUGAGGUCACCAGGGCGAUGCUGGACCGUAGCAAUGCUAACUUCCUGUUAUGGCCACCCUGCGUUGAGGUGCAGCGAUGCUCUGGCUGCUGCAACACCAAGAGCCUGCAGUGUGUCCCCGUUGUUACGCACACAAGAUACUUGCAGGUCAUGAAGAUAGAAUACAUAAAUAAAAGACCAACUUACGCCAAAGCAGUGGUGUCAGUGGUGGAUCACGUGGAAUGCCGAUGUCAGCCCGCGCCACGUCCUCCAGUGCACAAGAAAAAAUCAUCUCGCAGACAGCACAGCCACCAGCAUCGAAACCAGACGCUCAGCCAAGAACACGGACAGGGACAGGUCAAGAUGCACUCCAAGGAUGAACUCCACCAGUGGGAUGAGCUGAAACAGAACCAGAGGGCCCACCUAGAGGAUCUCCUGGAGCAACACUGGAGCCCCAGGGGAGACACCUUCACUCAGCCUGGAGAAGGGUACAGUCUGGCUGGGGAGGGCACAUCUCGGUCCGGAGAGGCUACUCUCUUUACCCCUCACUGGGCACAUAACUCCAGCAGGCUCCAUGAGACUGAGAAUCCUGAGAAUGUGCAGAGGAAGGAUGGUGGGAUCUCAGGUGGCAACAAGACUGUUUCCUCAGUGGAUGUUGGUGUUGAGCAUAAGAACAAGUUGGUAGAAGGCGGGAAUGGGUUGCUGCUCAACAGUACAGAAGGGGAAAUUAAUGAGGGGAAUGGGGGGCAGGACAAAGAAACACAAACACACAGCCCAUUAUUGCAAGGUGACAAAUCAAAAUUUACAAAGAGUCGCACGAGUGGUAUCCCUCAGCCUGUUACUCAGAGUCCUCAAGCCAAAUUCAUUCCUACUGAGGAAAUCAUCAGUGAGAAAGUUGGGAGCAGGUUCCGACCCACCAAAGAGCCAAAUCCAGAACCUCGAGAGCAGGUGAGACGCAGAGAGAACGAGACUCCGGAGGAAGAGAGGAUUUUACAGAUUGAGGAGGCAAAACUGGAGGAGGAGAAAAAGGAGCUUUUACUCCUCCACAAGAGGUUGGACCAAGAGAAGGAGAUACUGAGACAGCAGCAGAUGAAGCGAGAAGAAGAGGAAAGGCAGAAAGAAAAGGGAUUAGAUGGUCAACAUCACCUGCAUGGUAAACAUCAUCAUCUGCAAACGACAACGCAGAAACCAGAGACAACAACAUCUACGACUACCACACGAAAGCCCUCGGCUCCAGCAGGCCCCAGACCCCCAGCUCGUCCAAAUCAUACAAGGAAAAGGAUGAGGAAGAAUCGCAAACGGAUCAGCAAGGCAGCUAUGAGAGCAAUGCUAAUGUAGAACUAAAAUAAACCCAGGGACACAACGUGAACUUGGUGUAUUUUUGUGGAUAAUCCAGAGGUGAAGCAGAGUGACUCCCUUCAUACAAGUAUUUAUUCAUUCAUUCAGUAACCUGCUCGUCCUGUGAGAUCUCCUCAGUAACACUACUAAUGACUGUCUGGUGAACCUGUAAGUACACCUGAAUGGAGUAAGAGGAAGGUGAGAGGAAAAUGGAAUAUAAAUAAAAGGUGGACCUUCUUUUUUUUUUUUUCUUUUUAAAGAGAACACUUGCCUCUACAACGACAGUUGCUGGUAUGAAGUAACAAGUGGCACCUGGAGACUGACAAAAUGGGUGGAAGCACAGUACAUUUGGAGAACUGAAACUGCAUCGCUGUAGAACUGUGGAUAAUAGUGCAAUUUCAAAACUCUACUUGGAACCAUGUUUUGAUAUCAACAGAGAGAAACUGCACUUAUAUAUUGACAAAACCGAGUUUAUAUGGGGUUUAAAUGACAAAGUUUGUUGCUGAAAGACUUGAUUUUGUGAUAAUGACAGUCAGACUGGACUAAAAGUGGACAUAACUCCUCUGUGUCAUGAAAGAAUCUGUUGUAAUUGGAUAAUCUAAGAGACAAUCAUCAAUAGACAGCUAUGACAACUGAUUGUCAUCGUCGACAACUGAUAGACAAUGAUUGGACUAGAAUGACCAGUAUUUCUAUGUGUGAUACGACACACAUAUUUAGGGCUCAGUGUUGACUAUGUUGGAAGAUAAAGCUGUGCAGAUUUACCGUACCAAGGCCAGAUAUCCUUUAUUGAUUCAUUAAAACAGUGAUGGUCUCUCUUUAACCAUAUUUAAUUAUAUUUAACUCAUUGCAAACACUGGAAUUACACAGAUGUGACAAAAACAUAAAAUGUUGGAUUAGUGAGAUUUCUUUAUUUCACAAUCUCAUCUUAGGUGUGAAGAAAAAAAGAUCAAGGUUCUAUCUGAAUAUGAGGUGAUAGCAUUACACCUGUGGCCUGACUGUGUGCAUUUGUUUCUUAUUUAUUUAUCUCUACCAUUACUGUGGAUUAACCCUCUAUAGAAAUACUGCAAACAAGCUGUAGUUGAGAUCAAAUAUGUAGUCUGUCACGAUGGCUGGGUGGUUCAAUCAGAGACAGCAAACAAGUGUGGAAAAAAAAAGGUCAAAACCUUCUGAGACCUCCCAGAAUCAUGCAGUGUUUUCACUUCUAUGUCAAAAUGAUGUGUGCAUGCGUGUUUGUUUUGUAUGCUUAAGUGUGUGGUGUAGUGUGCGUAUGGGCUUGUGCCCACACCUACACUUCUGUCAUGCAUCUCAGUACUCAUGUAGAAGCAUAUAUCUUUUUCUCUCUGUCUCUUUCUGUCUCUUUGGUAGAGAGACAUCUUUUUUCCACCAAUGACAUUCUGGCAGAAACAACCACAUUCUUUUUAAACCCUGGGAGGAGGGGAAAGAAGCACCUAUCUACUACACAUUUUCUUGAACUGCCCCUGUAUUUGCUUUAACACAUGGUUUUGGACAUUUAAUUUACAGGAAACUGAAAGGGUCAAAAUAAAUCAAUGGCUAGUCACUUAAAAAGACAGCAAAACUUUGCAAAUGUAGAUAGUUUUUGUAUAUUUCCAUUAGAAACAACAUAGAAACACACUGGUGAUGCUAUUUGGUAUCCAAUAAUCUAUAAUCAAAACCAGACAUCUUAAGUUAUUGAAAAACAUGUCUUGUAUGUCCUUCAUGUGAACUUACAACUGUUACUGAUUUGUUUUAUUAUGAGUUACGAUGAAAAAAGGAAUGUUUGUGAUAACUUCACCACCUAAUGCUAUUUUCAUAUGGGUAUAAGAAGCUAAUGUGCUUACA